GUUACUUUUAUAUCAUUCAAUAAUUUGACUACAGGGAAGUGCUUUAGGACUUUUAAAUAACAAUUUCGUUUGUGACGGUUGCAGUUUUUCCUACGAAUAUGUUUCGGAGCACAUGAAGUGGGAGUGCAGAAGUUCUAAAUUACCACCUGCAAGCACGUUGGUCCUUUAGCUUUGGCCACGCGCACCAUAACUCCCAUGGCGAGCAUAGAGCUGUCUUCCGGCGGAUUUAACAAAGCCCUGUAUCUCCGUUGGCAAAGAGCACUGGUACGGCUUAUAUUCAGUUUUAUCUUAGUACAUUGCGCAUGCGGACUUCAGCCAAGUGAGAAGGCGACGAGUCCUAAUGAGCUCGGCGCAAGCUUUCGGAUUUUGGUGGUGCCGGUGGCAUGGCGCUCUCGUGCAUUUCCUAUGCUUAAGGUAUCAUACGAGCUAGCGGCUCGUGGUCAUGCGGUCACGGUAUUACUGCCGCAAGUACAUGAGGCAUGGGCGCGCGACAGCUUCAAGUCCUUCGCUCGCGCUCGCGCCAGAAGAGAAAACAUUUUUUCUUCGGCUUCGUUGGAUUUGCCGAGCGGCCUUACUUUGCUACUUCGCGACGCCUGGGACAUGGAGGCCGGUGCGGAGGUGGUUGCAAAUUCAUCGCCAAUAGAACAGUUUCGUUAUGUACUGGGAAACACGUUGGAUAACUGCAGGCGAUUGCUCGCGAACGAUACCAUCAACCAACUGGUGGCUGACGGCCGUUUCGACAUCUUCUUUGGCGACAUGAUGGACUCCUGCGGCUCCACGGUGGCGGAGUUCUGGCGCCUCCCGCGCGUGGACUACGACUCUGGGGACUGCCGCGCGGGCUGGCACUUCAACAUCUACAACCAGCCCUUCUCCCCUGCGGUCACGACAUCAUAUCUUGUUCCCGUGCCAACCAACACUGCGUUGGGCCUCAAGGACCGGCUAGCCAACCUGGGCGCCACGGUGCUGCUGCGGCUGGUGCACACCCACUGGGUGCUACCCGCGCUGGAGAGCUUCCGUCGGAGCCUCAACGCAACCUCCUACCUGCGGCUGCUGCCGCCAGAUCACCCCGCGCUGCAGCAGCAGCCCCAGCUAUCGAGCGUUACAGAGGUCAACAUCAAGCGACUGCUGAUGGUGAUUGUGAAUGUGGAUUGGGCGUUCCACGACGUACGGUCCAUUGGUCCGCACUUCAAGUACGUUGGGCCCAUGAAUGCGGACGUGCCGGCUCCGCUGCCGCCUGCGCUGCAUUCCUUUGUGAGCGAGGGCGGGGAUCGAAGUGACCCACGGGUCAUCUACGUGUCGCCCGGCUCCACCUUCAGCUUUGGAGACCCGGGGCAGGCACACCUCAUGCUGGCGCUGCUCUCUCUUCCCGGCCGCUACCGCAUCGUGUGGCGCGCCCGGCCCGCGCACCGCUCGCUGCUGUCCGCCCGCCUGACCGCCCUGGGCCACCCGGGCCUCAUGGAGGUGGCGCAGCAGCCCUCCUCGCCGCCCUCCCCCUCCGCCCGGCUGCUGCUGCUGGACUGGGCGCCCCAGAACGACCUGCUGGGGCAGCCGGGGCUGGCGCUGUUCGUGUCGCACUGCGGAAUCAACGGAGUCAACGAAGCAGUCUUCCAUGGCGUGCCGGUGCUGUGCGUACCUAUCAUGGGCGAGCAGCCGCUCAAUGGCGCCAUGAUUAAGUCGUUCGGCAAUGGCAGAUCUCUGGCGUUUGCCAAGCUUAACGGCGCUAACGGCCAGACCAUUGCCCUUCAAGAGAUCCGAACCAUCCUAGAAGACCCCUCGUACAGCCUGACCUCCCUGCUGCUGUCCGCCCGCAUGCGGUCCCACCCGCUGCCGCCCGUGCUGCGGGCCGCACACUGGGUGGAGGCGGCGGCUGCGGCGGCGCGUGCGGGACCGCCCGGCUUCCUGGUUCCCGCGGAGGCGCUGCUGCCGUGGUGGCGGCUGGGAUUGGUGGAGGUGU